AUUCUGGAUCGGAGAGAGCUUCGAAGCCUGGGAAUUUUCGUUACCUCCUUCGUUCUUCUCUGAUCUUGAAUUCUAUACCAAAUUCUUGCAUCUCCCGAUUUUGAUUUUCUCAUCACUAUGUCUGGAUAACAAAAGCCCCCAAAGUAAAACCCAAUUGCGAAACCAAUCUAGGGUUUCGCGAGUUCGUCUCUGAGUUUGUUUGUGAUCGUGUGAGAUGUCUCGGUGUUAUCCGUUUCCACCACCUGGUUAUGUUUGGAAAGAAAGUCUGAUCGAAUCGAUCAAGGGGGCAAAGGAGGAAGUUAAGAAAGAUAGAAAACACAAGAGGAAGGAUAAAGAGAGAAAGGAUAGGGAGAAUGAGGCGGGUCGAAGCAGGAAGCAUCGGCAUAAGAGACGGCGCAAAGAUGAAGGCACCAAUGCUAGUGGUAGUGGCAAAUUAAUAAAUAGUGAGGUCGAAUUUUUAGAGAAGAGCUGCCAGACAGUGGAGCUUGAGCUUCAAACAUCGUCUCAGACUUCUUGUGAUAGUACUCUUCAUAGCAAUGAGAGACCAAAGCAAAUUCAGAGUCAGCCCCUUGAUGGUAGGCAUAACGACUCUGGUGAGCUUGUUUGUGUUUACUUGUUGUUGUGUCUGUUUGCUUAUGGUGUCAUUCUUUCUUGGUUUCAAGAAACCAGCAUACGGACCCGGUUACAUGACAAAGGGCAGGAAGAUCCUGAGGAUGAGGUGAUGAUGACCAGCAAGGAUCAAAAACAGCGCUUUUCCCGGGAAAUGUUAGAUGCUUCUCUGGCUGCUGCUCCUAAAGAGUCUGUUGGUCAUCUUUAUUCGACUACACAAGAUGCUUUAAGGGUCUGUGAAGAGAAGAGAAGAGAUUCAAGUUUUGGUUCGUCGAGAAAGAUCACAACAAAACUCAGCAAAGAGAAGAAAUCAGUUCCUUUGAAAGAUAACAGAAAAUUCAGUAAAGAGAAGGUGUCAUCAUCAUCUUUAUUUACUCAUCCGGAACAAGAGAAACCGUCCUCUAGUCAUCAAGAUUCCACCGGACCUUCCAAGCUAUUAUGCAGGAAAUGCCCUCCUUCCAUGGCCGGGCAACUCUUGAAUCUUAUCGAGAACUGGGCUCCUGAUCGAGUUGAGAGCAAGCUCGCCGACUCUGAAGAUCAAGAAUGGUGGUUGUUCAUCAAGUUUGGAGCCAAAAGGCAACAAGUUAGCAAUCAGAAAACCAACCAGGGAAGUAGUUCGAUGGUGUGGCCAACUGCUCGAUUUCUUCCGGAAGCCGAAGUACACGCAUUGCCAUUCACUGUCCCAUUCUGAUUUCAACAAAGUUGGUCGAGAGAGAGUGGUUAACAUGACCAACAUAUAGUUUUCCUAUGUAUUUUAGAUAGCCCUUAAAACUUAAAACUCAGAAUAUAAAUGUGUGAUUCUUUGUAGAUGUACUGGUAAUAUAGUAAAUCAUUAAUU